AUGUCAACAGAAGCAAACAAGCCUUAUGAUCCACCAGACACUGCCCCCAAGUUCGUAAAGAGGAAGGAUGAUGGCACGGGUCGUUACAAUAUUUAUGAAUGUUUUAUAUGUUGUUUGUUUGUAGCUGGUGAUGAUGAUCCAGACACAUUAAGGGCAGAGAUGUCCUGUGGUCAUGCUGUAGAUCCAAUUUCAUUGACUCUUUGGUGCAGAAGUUUGCUGGACCAGGGACAGUACACAUGCAUGUGCCCUGCAUUAAAGGAUGGCAGCACAAAGAGUUGUGAAAAACUGUGGCCUUAUCAAGAGGUCCGGAGGCUGGCAGUGCUAACUGAUGAAGAGCAGCAGAAUUUUGAGGAAAAGGUUGCCAGUUUAGCCGCUGCAAAAUACUGCGAAUUUAAAACGUGCCCAGGGUGCAAGACGUAUGUGGAGCGGAGGGACCUUGGUAAUUUGAAUGUUCACUGCACCAUCUGCACAGCUAAGAAAGCAAAAGCAUACGAGUUCUGCUGGCAGUGCAUGAACGAGUGGAAAGGACUUGGCCCGCGCUCUGACCGAUGUGCCAAUGAGCAACUUCAAGCACUGGAGAACUGCCCUCUGAUUAGCUUACCCGGAACCAACAUUAAGAACUGCCCUCUGAUUAGCUUACCCGGAACCAACAUUAAGAACUGCCCUCUGAUUAGCUUACCCGGAACCAACAUUAAGAACUGCCCUCUGAUUAGCUUACCCGGAACCAACAUUAAGAACUGCCCUCUGAUUAGCUUACCCGGAACCAACAUUAAGAACUGCCCUCUGAUUAGCUUACCCGGAACCAACAUUAAGAACUGCCCUCUGAUUAGCUUACCCGGAACCAACAUUAAGAACUGCCCUUCCAUGCGAGCUUGUCCAACCUGUGGCAGUGUUGUAGAACACAAACUGACAGGCUGCAAGAAUAUAAUAUGCAAUCAAUACAAGGUUGAAUUUUGCUUUGCCUGUCUAGAGCUUACCCCUGUGUGCCAGGCAGCAAGGCAGAGCUCUUGGUUUUCUGUUUGUGCCAAAGAUAUUGCACCAAGGCAGACAUCUAUUCCUGUCUGGAACAGAGCAAACUGAAGCAA